AUUAUGUAUGACCCCUGGCAUAUAAAUGUUCGUAAAAAUAUGUUCGUCACCUCACUUGACUCGAGGUGGGCCCGCUAACCCCGAGACGCCCUAUGUGUCUCAUUGGGCUGUCCUUUUGAAUAACGUUUGGAAUAGCACUUUCGAUUUUGGAACUUCCUCCUACGGGAUGUAUUUUGAAUGUUACGAUAUGUUAAGUUACGUUUUGAGCUAUACGUACUACCUUGGAAAUGUUUCGUGAAAUGGAACUUUAUAUUGACUAAGUAUGCGAUUAUUUUGUAUUAUGAAAUAAUUUAUGAGACUAUCAUGUUUUGAAAGACUAUUUUGAAAUAUGAUUUGCAUUGUCCGCUCACGACUCCGCUCGUGCCUUGUUAUGACUUCGUUCACCGGUUCCCGGGCCGGUUUUGAUUCGUGCGCUUUGUGAUAAUUCGGUCGUAUGCUGUGCUACGGUUCCCGAGGCUUCGCCAUAGGGCCAGGACCGUUUGGAGUUAUGCUGUGAUAUGGCUCGUGAUGCAAUACGCUCACCUAUGAUUAUAUUUGUGUUCGGGGAUGUACGGAGAUUUGAAACCUUCUGGUGUUAUGCUGUGUGUGGCGCCUGCGUCGGAGUGGCGACCACGUUCUGUAACGUUUGCAUGAUUUCAUUUGCAUUACGUAUAUGUAUGUGAUUUUGACACUGAUUUUGAUGUACCGGUUUAUACUCCACUUUACUGUCUGGUUUGCUAUCAGUUUUGAUCCAUAUUUCUGUACUCCGUGCUUUACAUACUCAGUACAUAUUUCGUACUGACCCCCUUUUCUGCGGGGGGCUGCGUUUUAUGCCCGCAGGUACAGACAUUGGUGAUCCCCCAUUGUAGGCUCCACUUUUCUGCUAUCUCGGAGUACUCCUACUUGAUCCGGAGUCCACUUCUGUGAUGCCUCCGAAAAAGGCAACGGCGGCCCAGAAGGGCAAGGCGAAAGUGGCAGAGACUAGUCGGGCACCGAGAGUCACCGUUACCCGAGCUCGAGCUCAGACUAUGCCCGGUAUUACACUUCAGUCAGAGGGAUCCAUUACACCACCGGCAGAGCCUGGAGCAGGUCCCUCAGCAGCUCCAGCGACUCCAGCGCCCGCAGCUCCAGCUCCUCAGUCAGGGGCGGAUGACAGGACAUUGACAGAGGCUGUGCAGUUACUGACUACCCUGGUAGCGGGACAGGCUCAGAGACACGGCCGGAGGGAUGAUGAUGAUGGCAGGCGGGACAGCCUGAGGGUUCGGGAGUUCUUAUUAUGUGGCCCUCCAGAGUUUUCCGGGUCUAAGCCCGACGAGGACCCUCAUGACUUUAUUAGGAGGAUGCGACGCUCAGUAGAUUUGGUCAGGGCUUCAGAGACCGAGUCUGUUGAGCUGGCUUCGCACAGGCUACGGGAUGUUGCUGCUCACUGGUACGAGUCUUGGGAGCUAGCUAGAGGCCGGGGUGCUUCCCCAGCCACUUGGGACGAGUUUGAGGCUGCUUUUCUCAGCCACUUUUUGCCUCCAGAGUUGCGGAGGGCGAGAGUGGACAGGUUUUUGCCGAUUCGACAGAGGGGCCGGAGUGUUCGUGAGUAUAACCUGGAGUUUGAUUCACUGGCCCGAUAUGCUCCGGCUAUAGUGGCAGAGAUGGCUGACCGGAUGCACCGAUAUGUGAUCGGGCUGGACCGUUACUUAGUUGAGUCCUGUAUGUCGAUGGCAUCACGGACAGAUAUGGAUAUCGCCAGAUUACAGGCGUAUGCUCAGGGGAUGGAGGACAGCUAG